AUGUCAUCAACUACACCUCGAGCAAGUGUUGCUUGUAAUCUAUGUCGUUCCAGCAAAAUAAAAUGUAUCAACAACUCAGACUCAACACGGUGUCAUCGGUGUGCAUCGUUGGACUUGGAGUGUACCUAUACCUUAAAGACAUCCCAAUUGAAGAAACGAAAGUUGACCAAAGAGUUUGCAUCAAAGACUUCUCCCAAGUCAACUGUUUUUCUACCAGAUAAGAAACUAAUAAUUGAAACUGCAGAAAUAUUUUUCGAGAAUCAAUACAAAGGAAUUUUUCCUUUGUUCCAUAAACCCUCCUUUUUCCAAUUUCUAAGAUCAAAAGAGUUCGACCCACUGACAUACAUACAAGAUUAUCGACCAAGGAAAAACAUUCCUGAUCCUGUAGUGCUAUUGGCAAUCCUUGCCUUGUGUGCUCGGUUACAUCCGGAAAUGCCAAAAAUAUUUGGUGAAUUCGAUGAAUCAGAAGCAGAGUCGUUUUUUCCAUCUUUUAAUAGUGUUGCAGCACCUGGGUUUGCGUCAAAUGCUUCUAAAUAUUUUGGAUGGCAUGCCCGGAAACUACUACGGUUUGACGAGCCUUCGAUCGAACGUGUGCAAGCAUUAUGCAUUUUGAGUAGCCACGAAUGGGGUGAAGGUAAUGCUUCACGAAGUUAUAUGUACGUUGGAAUUGCUGCUAGAAUGGCUUUGAUUCUAGGUUUGGACGACGAACCUAAACCGGAAACUGGGCUAUCCGAAACCGAAAAUUUUAUUCGCAUGGAAAUGAAACGAAGGGCCAUGUGGUCGGUGUACAUGAUGGAUCGUUGCAACUCCAGCGGACGCAGUAGCCACACUUGCAUUUCAUUGGACGAAAUCAAAGUGAGACUACCUUGUAACGAAAAGGAAUUCAUAUUUGGAGUAGGAAAGCAGCAGCCAUUUAGAAAUGGCGAAUUGGUUGGCUUGUCAUUGUGUGGAUAUCAAAUUGUGUUGUUCGAGACAUGGAGGGAAAUAUCUCGUUGGGUUGGAGUCACCGGUGCCAAACUAGAGAAAAUACCGCCGUGGGAGUCUACAUCUCCCUACUAUUUGCUUUCUAAAAAGUUAGAUGAGUUUGAGGAAAAAUUACCGGCAGAGCUCAAGUUUAAUGAGUUUAAUUUGCAAGCACACAUUGCUGGUGGCUCAGCUUCUGAUUUUGCAUACUUUAGUGGAUUGCUAUUGUUAUGCCGGGUAUUUCUCAACAGAGAAUACUUUUACGCUUCACCAGAAGCGUCUCCCCCAGGGUGGUGGAAACAACAAGCUACUGUGUUGUUUGAUGCGUUGGACAAGCUAGACCAGAUCCCUAAAUUGCUUAAACCUUUGAAUUUGAUGGUUAUUGCUCCGUUUACCGGUUUCCAUGUUUUCAGUACUGCUUCUACUUGUUUAUAUAUUGCCGCAUAUCCUAAAAAAGUUAUGAAAACUCAUUUCAACGGGGAUGUCAUAAAGAAAUACCAACGAAUGGCCCAGGAUAAUUUGGAAACUUUGUUUUCGUGGCUGGAUUCGUGGGGGUUGGGAAAAAGUUGGAUCAACACGUUGAAAGAGAUGAAAGAAGUCUUUGCCAGGUCUACAGAUUACGAUCAGUUGCGUUUCAAGAUGCGUGACUACGGGAAUAUAGAAAAGAAACCGGAUAUUCUGAAUUUAUUGGUAUUAGAUGAGGCACCUAUUCUAGAUUUUAUGAACAAUUUGGAUCUACCAAAUAUCUUCCCUGACUGGAAUGAUGCUAUGAACAUAUAA